AUGAGCAUGGACCAGAUCAUUCAACAAUAUUUACGGGAUAUUAUCAACGAGCAGGGCUACAGGCCACAGCCUACUAGGUCAGCAUAUUACAUUCAACCUCAAUAUCCAUUUGGAUCUGGGUUCAGAAGAGGAUAUCCGCAGGUGCCGGUGUAUUACCCAUACGAGGAAUAUGAAGAGGACCAGGAUGCGGCUGAAGAUGAAAGUUCCAAUGACGAUGAGAGCGUUCAAUAUAGACUAGAAGAUCUAAUUGGCCCAUAUUUCACAAGAAAACUUGCCAGACCUAGUAGGAGAGAUAUCCCAUCUGUCGUCAAACAGAAUUCGCAAACGGCUAGGGAGAAAGUCACCAAAGACGCAGCCGCUGCUCCAACAGGCAAAAUAACCACACCAUCAGCAGCAGAACAACAGCAGCAGGUUUCACAAGCUUCUCCAAAGGAACCAAAACUAAAAAGAAGGAAUUCGACUGCGCUCAAUAUGCACGCUAAACAUAACGAACCAAAGAUCGAUCCCCUUCAAAUCUCUGCACCGCAGUUGAAGACGAAUCUACCAUUUUCCCCGGCUGUCAAUGUUUACGACUUCCCUGAUAACUACAUCAUUGCGUUGGCUUUACCAGGUGUGUCCAAAGAGUUUGUCGAUAUUGAAUUCCACCCUACGUCUUCAGAGUUGGUGAUAAAAGGUGAGGUGAAAAAUAAGUACUUGUCUGACGACUCCACGGUGGAUAAUUCCAAGAUACUACGCGUUUCUGAGCAGCGCUUUGGCUCAUUUGAACGAGUGAUUAAGCUACCUUCAGUUCCUGACGUGAAAGAAGAAGCCAUCAGUGCUAAAUUUCAUUUAGGUAUGCUGGAGAUCAAAGUUCCAAAAUUGAAGGAUUCUGAAAAGUUUAGGAAACCAAGAAAGAUCACCCUUGAGGAAAUUCCAGAUGAGGAGCUGGAAAGAGAAAGUCAAGCCUCUUAA